CAAACUCCAAACUCCAACCCCUUUAAAACCCGCCACCCAUCCCAUCCAUCUUUUCACACCUCCCCAACCGGAUAACGUCUAUUAUAACUCUCCCGCUCCCGGAGGUUUCAGUGGCGGCGCUGCAGCGACCAUGGACGGAGAAGACGGUGGCGGGAGGCUGGUUGUGAGGGGAAGAGCUGAGAUUGACACUAGAGCGCCGUUCAAGUCCGUUAAGGAGGCAGUCAUGUUGUUCGGCGAACGAGUUCUGGUCGGAGAAAUUUAUGGCAACAAAAUUAAAGAAAUGGCAGAAUCCGGUCAGUCGCGGAGCAGAGUAGGAGCCUUAACGGCGGAGCUAAAAGGGACAAAGGAAAGGCUAGAGAAAGCCAAAGAAGAAAACGGGCUACUAUCCUUCUGCCUCCAAUCCCUCACAGACGAGCUCGACCGGACCAAACAAGAGCUCCAUAAACUGAAAGCAACAGACCAACAAAAACCGCAGCUUUCACCGCCAACCACAAUCCACCCCGACGUUGACGAAGAUCUCAAAUUCGUCGAGAAUGAAAAGGAAGGCAGCAGCAAUAAUAACACACCCCAAGACAACAAGAGAUGCGUGAAAUUUGCAAGCCCUCCUGACUUGGACCGUGUCAUCGUUUGUAAGGACAAAUUGUUGGCCCAUAAAUCAUCGCCCCCGGCUUCGGCUAAGACUCCCACAAGGUCGAAGAAGAAGAAUUUGGUCCCUUUGGUUGGAUGGCUUUUCGCUAAAAAGAAGGGAUAUUGACUAUAAGGCCGGUUUUAAAAACAC